GCGGGGCUCAGAUCAGCCAUCCCAUCCCUUUGUUAAAAGCGUACCACUUGAAAACCUUUUUGAGAUUUCCAAAAGGAUGAGCCUCUAUGGUGGUAGGGGGGUAGCCGACAGUAGGCGAACAUUUCUGUUUUUCACCCCUUUGGAAAGUUAGCAAACGGGGAGGAGGAGGUAGCGAGUAUGCCGGUAUUGCGCCGAAUCACCCACCCCGGGGAAGUUACACGAACAUACAAAAUGAUGUCAACAGUGCAGAAAGGUAAGAGGCUAGUAGGCAGGCCAUGUACGCUGGUUAGCACUGCCCAUAUGCGGGGCACACCUUUACGAGAGGGACACCAUUCGCCCACCCAAAGCGUUCGAAGAUUUUUCAGCGAUUACCAACAUGUGCAGGAAGAAAAAGUUAACCUACCCAGGCUGAAAUUGAGAGGACUACCAUUCGACGCUUCAGAAGAAGAAAUAAAAACCUUUUUUAAGAAUUUCCAAUUGGCCAAGGUAGGGUACCCCAUUCACAUCAUCCGGGGGGUAAAAAACAAACCCACUGGUCAAGCGCAUGUUUAUUUUGACGACGAGGAGGAGGCGAGGAAGGCUUGCGAAACGCUGAAUCGGAAGUUUCUACGGAACAGGUACAUCGAAAUAUACACCGACUACAUUUUCAACCAUAACUUGACACUCGUUAAGGAGCACGUCACCACGUUGAUGAGGGACCGUUACAGGAAAGACAACCAGUGAAGGGGGGCGGGACUCCCCAAAGGAAGAGGACGCAUUGACAGCAACUGGGCGUCCACGCGGGGUUCCCGGCGGGGAUCCAAACCAAUACGUGAAGGGAAAGGCGAAAGUUGGGGGACACCGGAAAGAAGGAAAAGCGACAUGUCUUUUUUUCUUCCUCCUUUUUUUUCCUUUUUUCUUCCUUUUUAUUCUUCUUUUUUUUUUUUUUUUUUUCGUUUAAGUGCGCGGCACCC